UUCGAGACAAUCGUCUGCCUGAUGCAACAGAUGCAGGUUCAGGACAAGGAGUGGACAGAAUUUCUAUGCUAUUGUCGGCAUGGAAUGUGUGAAGCACACCAUCUGGCCAUGCUGCGGAGUCUGUUGGAACCAUGGGCAGGAGCGUUAUUAGUGACGUCACAUCAUGCAGUGCGCACACAAUGGAACGAACUGGCAUUGCAUGGGCACUGUGAGGCGGGGGGGAACACACUAUACCGCUUUCGAGCCAAGGAUACUAUAGGAGGGAAGGAAUUGACAUUGAGGGAACGAUGGGCUUUAGCGCAAUACGUGUUGAAGGAUAAACAACAUUCGGCACAUUUGGAAUGUCAAGGAGGACUGCAACCAGUGGUGGAACUCGCAGUUGGUAGCAAGGUGAUAAUCACGACAAACAUUGAUACAGAUAUGGACAUCGCCAACGGAGCAAGGGGGUGUUAG